UCCCAGUGACACAGCCGGAAAAGGAACAUUCUCCAACCACAACAGCCAAGCCGUGGAGGAAAAACAGUCGGCAGGAAAUUAUCACUAUUGCAAUUUAUGAUUGGUUGCUAUACAAAAUAAAUUAUAGGAAUAUAGGCUAAAUCAGCCAUAUAUCAUUAUAUACAGCAAUUAACCUAACACUUCGAAUUUCUAAUAGGCUACAUCCAUGAAUCCUCCACCAUUCCCUGACACAGCGGAGCAAGAACCGGUAUUUUCUGACAUGAGGGAUGGAGAUAGCGAUGAGGGAGAGGAUAUAUUUCUUGGUUCUCUAAAUAUAAAGGCGGAAACUACAGACCUGUUUGCCGAACAAGCCAGUAGCACAGCCCCAACCGUCGGCCUUGGCACUGGUGGCAGCUCCAAUGGGGUCCAAUCUGAUGACGACAACGAUCUGUUUUCAGAUGCCCAUGUUGAGCUUCCUACAGAGAAUGCAAGCAGCUCAACUCCAUCUGGUCCCAGACCUGCAGCAACAUUCAUUCCUGGUACAGCAGACAUGCAGACCAAGUCUAUGGAGCAGCUGGAGGAGGAAGAGGCCAAGGAUACCUUUGAUGUGGAUGUGGCUGUGACCAAUCCAGAGAAAGUCGGAGAUGGCAUGCAUGCUUUCAUGGCCUACAGAGUAUCAACAAAGAGCACCCUGCCCGUGUUUAGAAACAAGGAGUUCUCUGUGAAAAGGCGGUUCAGUGAUUUUCUAGGUCUGUAUGAGAAGCUAUCCAUCAAGCAGUCUCUCCAGGGCUGCAUCAUUCCUUCACCGCCAGAGAAGAGCGUUGUAGGCAUGACCAAGGUCAAGGUGGGCAAGGAUGAUUCCUCCUCUGUCGAGUUUGUGGAGAGAAGAAGAGCAGCUCUGGAGAGGUACCUCCAGAGGAUUGUGGCCCACUCUGUGUUGCUCCAAGACCCUGAUGUCCGGGAGUUUUUAGAGAGAGACGAGCUUCCCAGGGCAGUGAACACCCAAGCAUUGAGUGGCGCUGGUUUCCUUAAAAUGAUCAACAAGGCAUCUGACGCAGUGAACAAGAUGACCAUCAAGAUGAAUGAGUCUGACACUUGGUUUGAGGACAAAUUCCAGGAGGUUGAGAACGAGGAGCAGCAGCUGAGGAAGCUCCACAUCGUGGUUGACUCUCUGGUCAACCACAGGAAGGAGCUGUGCGGCAAUACGGCAGUGUUUGCCAAAAGCAUGGCGAUGUUGGGGAACUCUGAGGACAACACUGCCCUCUCGCGGGCACUGUCCCAGCUGGCUGAGGUGGAGGACAAGAUGGAGCAGUUGCACCAUGAUCAGGCAGCCAGCGACUUCUUCAUCCUGGCGGAGCUGCUGGCCGACUACGUCCGCCUGCUGGGCACUGUGCGGGGCUGCUUUGGCCAGCGCAUGCGAGCGUGGCAGCGCUGGCAGGAGGCUCAGAGCACGCUGCAGAGGAAGAGGGAGGCGGAGGCCAAGCUGCUGUGGGCCAACAAGCCUGACAAGCUGCAGCAGGCCAAGGAGGACAUCACCGAGUGGGAGUCAAGAGUCACCCAGUAUGAGAGGGAUUUUGACCGCAUCAGUGUGACGGUACGCAAGGAGGUGCUACAGUUUGAGAAAGAAAAAGCAAAGGACUUCAAGUUCCAGAUAUAUAAAUAUUUGGAGACAAUGCUACAGUCUCAACAGCGGCUUAUAAAGUUUUGGGAGGCAUUCUUGCCUGAGGCUAAGGCCAUCGCUUAAGAAUGAAGAAAAUGUUUCCAAAAUCAAACCCCAACUGCCUUUUUGAACACUUUACCUCCUGACAAGGGAACUGAAUGGAUUCCUUACACGUCAAAGAAACUUCACAUUUUUAUAGUGAUUUUGUACAGUUUGUACAGCAUUACUGUUACUAAUGUAAAAGCUUAAAGGAAGCAUUAUGAUGAGUGUUUUUUUUGCUACAGUAUUUUUAAAUACCACUGUAAGCUUACAGCGGUGUGCAUUUGUGUGUAGUUUGAAAACAACAUUAAGUGUAAGGGAGGUUCUGCUCUUUGAAUGGAACGAGCAACAUUGUCUAUUAUGGUACAAGAUGGCAAUAUGCACGCCAUUCCAGUGUUUCCCCCAGCACUGUGUUGUUAAGGCGGCCGCCUUAUCAACAAUAGGGCCCCGCCUUGACUACCAAUGUAUAUAAAAUAAAUAAAAAGAAAUUAUCCAAUUUUUUUUUUUUUUUUUUUUUUUUUUUUUUUAAUUAUUAUGCAUUAACAAAGUAGAAAACUCUCGUAGGGAAAGAACACAUACUUCCAUCAGGUGUAAAAAUAAAGAUCAAUAAUGCAUCGGUGUUCACAACAAUGGUCGUGACAUCAAGCUUUUUUAAUUGAAUUUAACCAGGGAGACCCCCCCCCGCUCCUUGACCACCUUGACUAAGACAUUUACUGGGAGAAACACUGCAUUCCAUCCAGUCUCAGUCUUAUUGUUGUAGGAACUGACAACAUGGGAUGAACAAAACGCAUUAUACAGCUAUAAAUAUGAUUAUUAUUGUUUAACGUUAAUGUUGCGAGUGUGCAUUUAACAUACUAUAACAUUGUUACAAUUUAUUACACAUAUAUUUGCAGGCGUACAGCUGCUUAAAAUGCUACCACAGGAUUUUUCAAUGUUUUGUAGGAUUGAAUACUUGUUAGAAGUAUUCUUGUAUGUGAAUUUUCCACUAUAUAAUUAUAUAGUUGUGUUUAUGCCUGAAACUGAAAGAUGGGCCAACAAACGUUAUCUGGAAGAGUUGUAGAGAUUGUUGACUAAACCAUGUAAAAUAAGUUUGACUUGUACCUACACAUUCUAUGUACUUUGAUUAAUCAUGAGUAUUAUUGUCAAAUGUAAAUUACGUGAAAACAUUUUUUACAAAUUGUUUGAUCAAUCAUACAAAUCAUGAACACAAUAUUGGCUUGUAUUUUCUUAUUUUACAUUUCAGUGCGGUUUACAAUGACCUGAAAGUGUAUUUAAUUUUUGUAACCACUUGCAUUAUUUCAGACAUUUCCUGAUAUUUUUAUAGGCUACCGAUGGUGUGUGGAAUGGAUAAUGUUUUAAAUGUGAAAUGAAUGCAAACAUAGAAUUGCUAAGUUUAUCAAGAGGUCCAUUGUAAUAUCUUCAUACAAUAUGUUGUCUUAUGUUAAAAUCUUCGUAUUCUUCUUGUACUUACACUAUCGAAUGCUUUGAUCGGGAAAUGUUCAACUGUGGUCGAACAUCAUCGGAACAUGACUUUGUUAUUUCGUUUAAUAAAGCAAAAUAAUUGACA